AUGCUUUGCAAAAUUUUCAUUCCAUCCCUACUUUCCCUCUUUAUUAUUUCCACUGCAUUUGACAAGGACCUCGCUCAUAAAUGUCUACUCUCGUGUGUCAACUCUGGAAACCGCACUGAAUGGGAGUCCUGCGAAAAAAAGUGUUUUGAUCAAGGAGACGAUGAGGAUAAAGCUUUUAUAACUUGUUAUUUAAAGUGCGUCGACCUGUACUUCACUCCGGAUGGCAAAUUGAUAGAUUUUGAUAAUUUUGAGAAAUGUGCCAAAAAAUGUCCGAUUACUACUGAAUGAUUUUUUUCAGUGAACAUUUGUAUGUUUAUGUCAGCUUGUAAGAUUUUAAAAAUGAUCUUUCUACAAUAAAUAUAUUCAACGGUU